AUGGAAAUGAUAAGCGCCGGUGAUGCCUUGAUUGUGCUAGGAUCUCAGACAGUAUUUUUCAUACUUGGUUGGCUAUUUUUUAUGAAGCAACUUUUUCGUGAUUAUGAGGUAGAUCAGAAGGCAGUACAAAUAUUUUUUUCUGUAACAUUUGCUAUCUCGUGUACACUUUUUGAGCUUGUUAUCUUCGAAAUUCUAAAUGUUUUGAGUAAUAGUUCGCGUCUUUUCACUUGGCGGACCUGUUUAUAUACGAUAUUGGUUCUUCUCAUUUGUUUAAUGCCUCUUUAUUUUUAUUACUCGCUCAUUAGAAUGCAAAGAUUCGUUCCACUUAGUUGGGUGAUGCCGCUUACACUUAUUUGUUGGCUAAUAACUAUCUAUGCAUUUUGGCGACUUGGUGAUAAUUUUCCAAUACUUAGCGCUAAGCACGGCAUUUUUUCAAUGCAACAAGCUGUAUCUAGAGUUGGUGUCGUUGGAGUAACAGGUUCGAUAUUUAUAGUUAGUGGUUAA